UUUUGUAUCGUUCGUAUGGCCACACGGCGGCGUUUCUCGGGUGUUUGCGCGGGAAAUGCCCUGCGGAUGCUCUCCAUACUUUCCGGUGAAAGCUGCUCCUGUCGAGGAAAGCCGCUCUCGUGUCGUUGUCAGACAGCACGAAGACAUUCGCAAAGCAUGAACAUAUAUUUUUGCGGAAGCAUCCGCGGAGGGAGACAGGACGUGAACGUUUACCAGAGAAUAGUGAAGAAGUUACAGCGGUAUGGCACGGUUUUGACGGAGCACGUGAGCUCGGGCAGUCUGUCGGAAAAGGGUGAAGAUGCGGCUUUGGGUGGAGAUAAAGCCAUCCAUGAUCGAGACGUGGAGUGGCUGAUGCUGUCUGAUGUGAUAGUAGCCGAGGUGACCCAGCCGUCUUUAGGAGUGGGUUACGAGCUCGGCCGAGCUGCGGCGCUCAACAAGAGGGUUUUCUGUCUCUUCAGACCUUCGUCUGGCAAAGUGCUGUCUGCCAUGAUCAGAGGAGCUUCCGCAAACUCGCUCUUCCAAGUCCAGGACUAUACAGAGGAAGAAGUCGAGAGCGUCUUGGAGAAAUACUUUGAAGGCAUCGCCAAGAACCGAUGAGCGCGUUUCAGCAAAUCGUAACCAGAUAAGCGCAACUUCUAUAUGCUUCUCCUCUCAUUACAGAAAGUCAGUAGGACGUGCUUUCUUCGUUUUACAUUCAAUUUUCAGUGGACAUGUAUUGUGAUUUACAUCUGAAUAAAUCUCUUUGGGUUAAA